UGGAAGCGCUCCGGAGGAGUUUCAGAGAAAGUCUGGGCCGAAGCUGGAGGCGACGGAUCGUGGGAAGGGGAGGCGGAAAGGCUCGGAGAAGGAGGGCCCGGGCGCGGGCCGCGCCUCCCCGAGCCCGCCGCGCGCCCCCGGGAGGGGGAGGAGCGCAGGGGACCGGACAGAGGGGUCCCUCCCGGAGCAGAGCCGCCCCGCGCCUCGUCCGUGCGCCGGUCCCCGCCCUCGUCGGAGGCUGGAACGCAGACCCACCCUCCGGCCGCGGACCCGCGACCUCCCCGCCGCCCGGCGACGCCCCGCCGCCGGUCCCCGCGCGCCCUAGGCGGAUCGGGACCUGCCGCCGCGCCCUCUGCCUCCCGGACGCCGCACGCCUUCCCGGGCGCCCUUUCCGGAGCAGAGGGGAGGCGAAGAUCGCGCCCCGCCGCGCGCGGGCAUUGUGUCUGUGCGUGCGGCGCGGGGUCCGCGGCGGGGCGCGCCCGCGGGAGGUCCUGUCCCCCGAGGGGCGGAGCGCAGGGCGGCGAGCUCCGGUCCGGGCCGUGUCCCAGCCGAGCCCUGCCGAGGCGGCGGGACGGCGCGCCUGGCGGCCGGGAGGUGCACUGAGGAAGGCCGGCGAGUGCUGCUCCCCGCGGCGCCCGGUAGGGGUACGCUUUGGUCCACGGGUCCGCGGGAGAGAGGUUCGGUCGCCGCCACCGAGCGCGCGGAGCCGGGCCGCCCCGUCGGGGGAGUCUGCGAGGUCCUCUGGGCUGCGUGUGCCCGCCGCGCCCGGAGCGCGUCCACUGUGUUCGCCGACCCCUCCGGUGCCUGGUCCUCGAGCCCUCACGGCGUGCACCAUGAGCGGCGGCGAAGUGGUCUGCUCGGGAUGGCUCCGCAAGUCGCCCCCGGAGAAGAAGUUGAAGCGUUAUGCGUGGAAGAGAAGGUGGUUCGUGCUGCGCAGUGGCCGUUUGACCGGAGACCCCGAUGUCCUGGAGUAUUACAAAAAUGAUCACGCCAAGAAGCCUAUCCGGAUUAUUGAUUUAAAUUUAUGUCAGCAAGUGGAUGCUGGGUUGACAUUCAACAAAAAGGAGUUUGAAAACAGCUACAUCUUUGAUAUCAACACCAUCGACCGGAUUUUCUACUUGGUGGCGGACAGCGAGGAGGACAUGAACAAGUGGGUCCGCUGUAUCUGUGACAUCUGUGGAUUCAACCCCACAGAAGAGGACCCCGUGAAGCCGCUCACCAGCGCCUCACAGGCACCUGUUGACUCUCCAUUCACCGUGAACACAGCACCAGCCUCCACCCAGGUGGACGCGUCUUCGGUUGCGCUACCUCCUUCUUACCAGCUCAUCAGCCUCCCGCCACACCCAGACGCUCUCGGCCUCCAGGACGACCCACAAGACUACCUCUUGCUGAUCAACUGUCAAAGCAAGAAGCCCGAACCCACCAGAAGCCAUGCUGACUCUGCAAAGCCCUCCUCCUCUGAGACAGACUGCAAUGACAACGUCCCUUCCCAUAAGACUCCCGUGUCCUCCCAGAGCAAACACGGAGUGAACGGCUUCUUUCAGCAGCAGAUGACGUAUGACUGCCUGCCACCCCGGGCUGCCUCUGUCUCGGUAGACUCCAGCCUCUAUCACCUGCCCAGGAGUUAUUCCCACGACGUGCUGCCGAAGGAGUCUCCGUCCAGUGCCGAGGCAGACGGAGAGCUGUAUGUCUUUAACACCCCAUCUGGGACUUCCGGCGUGGAGGCUCAGAUGAGACACAUAUCUCUUAGCUACGACAUUCCGCCAACACCUGGGAACACUUACCAGAUCCCACGGACAUUUCCAGAAGGCACAUUGGGACAGUCAUCAAAGCUGGACGCCAUUCCUGACAUACCCCCACCCCGGCCACCAAAGCCGCAUCUGACUCACGACCGGUCUCCUGUGGAAGCGUGUGGCAUCCCGCGGGCAGCCUCAGACACCGACAGCAGUUACUGUAUCCCAACGGCAGGCAUGCUGCCUUCCCGGAGUAACACCGUUUCCACCGUGGAUUUGAACAAGUUGCGGAAAGAUGCUAGUUCUCAAGAUUGCUAUGAUAUUCCACGAACCUUUCCGAGCGAUAGAUCUAGUUCACUGGAAGGCUUCCAUAACCAGUUUAAAAUCAAAAAUGUGUUGACAGUGGGAAGUGUCUCAGGCGAAGAACUGGAUGAAAACUACGUCCCCAUGAAUCCUAACUCACCACCACGACAACAUUCCAGCAGCUUUACAGAACCAAUUCAGGAACCGAAUUACGUGCCCAUGACCCCUGGGACAUUUGACUUCUCUUCGUUUGGAAUGCAAGUGCCACCUCCUGCUCAUAUGGGCUUCAGGUCCAGCCCAAAGACCCCUCCCAGGAGGCCGGUUCCUGCUGCAGACUGUGAGCCGCCCCCGGUGGACAGGAACCUGAAGCCAGACAGAAAAGGUCAAAGUCCUAAAAUUUUAAGACCCAAACCCCAUGGUUUAGAGCGAACUGAUUCACAAACCAUAGGUGACUUUGCUACAAGAAGAAAGGCCAAGCCUGCUCCCUUAGAAAUCAAGCCUCUGUCCGAGUGGGAGGAGCUGCAAGCCCCGGUCCGGUCUCCCAUCACCAGGAGCUUCGCACGCGACUCCUCCAGGUUUCCCAUAUCCCCCCGGCCUGAUUCCGUGCACAGUACCACAUCAAGCAGCGACUCUCAUGACAGCGAGGAGAACUACGUCCCCAUGAACCCGAACCUGUCCAACGAAGAUACGAAUCUCUUUGGCAGUAACAGCCUGGAUGGAGGGAGCAGCCCAAUGAUCAAACCCAAAGGAGACAAACAAGUUGAAUACCUGGACUUAGACCUGGAUUCUGGGAAAUCCACGCCACCACGGAAGCAAAAGAGCAGUGGUUCGGGUAGCAGCAUGGCUGAUGAGAGAGUGGAUUAUGUCGUAGUGGACCAACAGAAGACCCUCGCCCUGAAGAGUACCAGGGAAGCUUGGACGGAUGGGAGGCAGUCCACAGAAUCUGAAACACCCACCAAGAGUGUAAAGUGAAGACACAACAUUGCCAGCCAACAAGAGCUGGGUGGAAAAGAUAGACGCCAAGUGAAGAUGCUUCUCCUCUCUCGGUGGAGCCUCAAGCAAGCAGGGGCAGAGAAAAGGACCUCUCAGACAUGUUCAAGCAAAUUAGAUUGUGAAUGGUGCUGUGUGGUAUUAAAUUUGUAACAUGUAAAUAACGUGGGGAAAUAGUGUUUUAGUUCUCAGAGAAACAUCUGUCCCUAGCUAACACACCUGUAGUAUUACUAUACUGAUGCACUUUCUCAUUUAAAACCUUGGUUUGGGUCUUCCCAAUCUACCUUAACAGAAUUCCCUUGGGAGUUCUUUUUGUCUCCUCACGCUACUCUAUAUAACGUACUAAGGAUUCUGGAAAUUCUAGUGAAGCUACAGGGCUAACACCAUUAAAACGAGAAGUAGGUUCCCAAAUCGCUUUUCCCUUUACGGUGGUAACCAUUAGCGUAAGCUAUAGAAUAUAGUUGGACUUGUCCUUCGUCGUUUUCCAAAACUACCGGGGAUAAUGUAUAUACUGCUGUCAAGACCCAGUUCUCUGGCUCAUGUAUACUUAGGUUUCAAUAGUAGAACUUUGUUGUUUUCUGUUAAUUACAGUGUUUAGUGUUCAUUGUGUGCAGGCUCUGCUGGGUAGGGUCUUGCACCUUUAAAAGACUGACUCUAGUUACACUGUUAAGCCCACAAUUCAUCCACGGCAUGGAUUGAUGAUCUGUUCUAACACUUGUCACAUGUAGUAAACAUUAUUUGCAAAAGGUAGAUUGUAUAACUAAUCAGGUACGUACAGGCCACUGAUGGGCUAAUAUACUGAUCAGGUUUAGACAAAGAACUUCAGUUCAGUUUUUGUUAGUCCUAAUGUUGGUUUAGAAUUAAUGAACCAGUUGUCAUUCACUGUCAGUUACAGCAACAUACUGUGAUUUUGAAUUAAUUAGACAGCAAUUCAAGAUUAUUACUCUUAUUAAUGAAAUUAUCUCUUUUGACACCGUAGUGCCCUUUCUAUGAUUUUUUUACUUAAUAUUCUUCUUGGCCUUAUAUUUAAAUCCCUAUGCAAUUAAUGUUUUAUAUAUGCAUUUUUUUUAAAAAAAGAAAAUGUCAUUUUAAGUGAUUCAUGUAUGUAGCACCUGUUGCUUUUAUGAGUAAAUGAAUUAAGAAUUUUGUACUGUGAUUUGUAUUCACUGCCCCAAUUCUCGAACUGUUGGAGCCUUGCUGUGCUGUGAAACCCUGUAUUCGUGAACGCCACCCAGCCAGAUCUCUGAAUCCACCAGGCGAGAGUGCAAGUCUCUCCCCUGCACCAGGCCAUCCCUGGUGUGGGCAUUCAGACCAUCAGUUAGCGGCUCUGAAGUCACGCCUGUCUGUCUUGGCUUAGCUGCCUGACUCGGGAAGCAGCUAGUGUCAUCCAUUGUUCAUACACUAACUUACGUACAAUCUCUGUGCAUUGGUCUGGCACUCACUAAUGGCUUGGGGUGGGUUCACAGAGAAUGUCUCUGAGACAGUGAGGCCUGUCUCCCUCCAUCCAGACCUCUUAACUGUUGCCUCAGUACACAUGUGCCCUGAUUUAUGGCCCGCGGGCCACAGACCUGUGCCUACUCUGUGCACUAUGCUGUUUUUCUAAGUCCACAAGCUGUGUUCUUAGCUAGGGGAGUUGUAGACUAGUAACAUCGGAUGCUUUUAAAUGUGCGCUUCUUUUUAAACAAAAACUAAAACCCAGAACUGAAUUUUGAGGUGGAUUUUUAAAUAAAAUUAAAAAAAAAAAAUUCUUUGAA